CUAGCGAAAUAUUUGGCUUUGAUUUGCUCGUUUAUUUUCCUUUCCAGUGUUCUACAUGCGUUGUGUGCGAUCGUUAGAACAAUUACGUACCUCCCUAAUAGGGUGUUAGAGCGUUAAGAGCGAUACAGACCUUUCGAUAGAGGUAUAUUCUUCGUAUGCAGGUUGGUUUUAGGACGCAAGAUGAAGUAAGGGCUGUCUCAAACCUGGGAUAGCUAAACAAAUGUAAACAACCACUGGAUCAGCUGUGCGGUCGGCGAAACAAGGACGAAUCAGCGGGAUGCAGAUAUGACAGUGAAAGUUAUGGUUUGAUCAGCAUUGUUUGCAAUAAAUAAAAGGCAUAAAUUUGUGAUUUGCAUAAAGCAAAAUAUUUCAAUACACGAUAGGACAUUUUCUGACAGACACCUCCCUCCCCUUCGUCUUCUCCUCUGCUAGCUGCAACAGAUCGGUUGCUAAUGUUAGUAUAGAAGCUCAAUGGUUUAUUAUUUUUCUGGCGUUGCGAUCAUUGAAUACGUAGGUUAAUGUUGGCAAAGACGAGGGACUGCAAGUUGGUGUAGUGUUGUGUUUAUUAUUUUGAGUGUUAUAAAACUACAAGUUAAUUCGGGACAACUGAUCAAUUCGGGCCACCGUGCGUCAGAAAAUAGGACUCAGCAACCAAGUCACAUUUAUAUGAGUCAAGAAGUCCAACCUAUUUGAACAAACCUCCAAUUUCCUGGAGAGUAGUGUCGAUUAUCAGACUGACAUGGCACAUCAACAGAUGCCCAGCUCUCAGAAGGCCCUGAUGCUUGAGCUGAAGUCCCUUCAGGAGGAGCCAGUGGAGGGAUUCCGCAUAACUCUGGUGGAAGAGUCGGACCUGUACAACUGGGAAGUGGCCAUCUUUGGACCUCCAAACACACUCUAUGAAGGGGGAUACUUUAAGGCCCAUAUCAAAUUUCCCAUCGACUACCCAUAUUCCCCGCCAACCUUCCGCUUCCUCACCAAGAUGUGGCACCCGAAUAUCUAUGAGAAUGGGGACGUGUGUAUUUCCAUCUUGCACCCCCCUGUGGAUGACCCUCAGAGUGGCGAGCUGCCCUCUGAGCGAUGGAACCCCACACAGAAUGUCAGAACCAUUUUACUGAGUGUGAUCUCUCUGCUGAAUGAGCCAAACACCUUCUCUCCGGCUAACGUGGACGCCUCCGUCAUGUUCCGCAAGUGGAGGGACAGCAAGGGCAAGGACAAGGAGUACGCCGAAAUCAUCCGGAAACAGGUGGUGUCCACAAAGGCGGAUGCUGAGCGGGACGGCGUGAAAGUGCCCACCACCUUGGCUGAGUACUGCAUCCAGACCAAAGUGCCUUCUCACGACAGCAGCUCCGACCUGCUUUACGACGACCUUUACGACGACGACAUUCAGGAAGAGGACGAUGAUGACGACGAUGGGGAGGCCGGCAGUAUGGGCGGGGAAAUGGGGGCGGACUGCUUUGACGACGGCGAGGACUCAGGAAACGAGGAUUCCUGACCUCCCUCCGCUUUCCACGAGACACUCCACCCCCCCCCCCCCCCCCAC